UAAACUUCCACAUUGAUCUAGAAUAAGGGGAAGCAAUUCAUAAAAUACAUUAUUUAUUGAGUAUUGAUAGUGACCUUCAGAUUCCAUCUACGAUCAACAUUAGAACAUGGCAUCCAGACUACCAACAAUUUUACGAUUACCCGCAUUUAGAAUAAUGAGUGCAAGGGCAGUAACCUCUGGCAAUCCUGGUGAUGGUGUAGGAAAGGGUGGUGGUGCUGGUGGAGCUGUUAGGGAGGCUGGAGGAGCUUUUGGCAAAAUGGAAGUGGCCAAAGAAGAACAGUACUUUCGCCAACUGCAAAAAGAACAGAUGGAAAAGUUGAAAGAUCUGUUGGAAGAUGAAGUUAGCCACCAUGAACGACAGAUUAGACAACACCAGGAGGCUAUCGAACACCAUAAAAAGAAAAUCAGUCGUCUUAACAAGAAGACUGAUGGUAGUGACUCAGAUUAGCCAAGAUGACAUUUGAAUUUUACUAAUUUUUGACAGAGUUUUUCCCUGGGUAGACAUAAUGUUGUCUCCUGUUACAAUUUUUGUAGUUUGUUUCAUGGAUUUAGUGUAUAUUUUCUGUCACAUUUCUGUUGACUGUGAAAAUUCCUGAACUAAUUUGACUUAGGUUGGAAUAAUUUGUGGAUGAAUGAUUCAGUUUUAUGUCUUUAAACUACUGACUCUGUUAUUAUUGAUAAUAAACAUUUUCAAAUAAAA